ACAUGCAGAUCAGCGACAUAAAACAUCGACAGAAGAGUUCAAACAAGCAGCAGAACGGGGAGAAACGGAGAAGUGAGGAUGAGACGAAGAAAGAGUCCGUCAUCAGAGAGAGUUUCAGUCCUGAUGAGAAGAAGAAAGACAGUUUAAGUCCUGAUGAGAAGAAGAAAGAGUCCGUCAUCAUCAGAGAGAGUUUCAGUGCUGACGUGAAGUUCUCCGUCAGUCUGAUGUGUCUCGCGCUCUCCGUCAUCGUCGCGUGGCUGCAUCUCCAGCAGAGCGCAACGCUAGCAGAAAUGAGGGAAAAGUACGAGUAUUUGCAGGAGAAGAGCCGCAGGGUGGAGGAUCUCGACGAGAAACUGACUGAAGUCUCACAGCAGUGUGCGCUGCUGUCCCAGACGCCGGUCUCCGCCCAGACCUCGGCUCUGUCCGCGGAGCUGUCUCGCCUGCAGGAGUGUGUGUCGGGCCUCGGCUCUCGGCAUCAGGAGCUCCAGCAGGACCUGGCCCGGGCCGCGGGGGACGAGCUCAGCCGGAACCGCGCCGUGGCCUCUAUCCGCACGGACCUGCGGCGCGUGACGGGCCUGCAGACGGAGCUGGAGGCGCUGCUCACACACACACGCGGCCUGGAGGAGGAGCUGUCCCGCACCGAGAGGCUGAUGGUGAAGCGCAUCGGGGACCUGCUGGCCGGCAGCAUCGCCCGCGUGUCCGAGCUCAAGAGCAGCGCCGAGAGCAGCGGCCGGGCACUGGACCGCACACACACACUCCUGCAGCAGCUCUCCGACGACAUCGUCAAGCUCUCGGAGCGGGUCCUGGCGCUGGAGAGCGGGCGAGCCAAGCUGCGCCGCACCCUGAGCUUCACACACGACCUGAAGCCCGCGGUCUUCACCGUCAGGCAGGACCUCGCCCUCCUCCAGCCCAAGCUAGACGACCUGACGCUGAGGAUCGGCCUGCUGGCGGCAGACAUGACGAGCCGAGAGCGAGAGCCGGAGCACGAGCCCACGAGGGACACACUCGACCCGACGCCCUGAACCA